AUGACUCACAGUGCUCUCUUCUGCUUCCUCGGACAGUCGAUCACUGAUCAGAGCGAGAGCCUGCUGCACUCGGCGUUCAGCUGUGGCUGGUCGGACGCCGACCCGCCGAUCAAGAGGCCGCUCACCAUCAUCAUGCUGCGGACGUCACGGCCGCUGGUCAUACGCUUGGGCAAGUUCUUCACGCUGUCCAGGAACACGUACAUGCAGAUAAUAAAUACCUCAUACACUAUAUUCAAGGUGUUGCUGAGCUUACAAAAAAGGAUACAAGCACUGGAGAGUUCGAAGCCACGACUACCUAGGACUUCAGUUGAAGUUUGUUUUCAUCACAGCCUCUGA